UUCCACGGGGCUCGGCAGUUUCUCCUCAGGCCCCCUUGUGGAUCGCGCUUCGGCGCCGGCGUCUCAGCCAGCCGAGCUCGCCUCAGAGCCCGGCUCCUUCCCCUCAGCGCUUGGCGGGAGCCCGCGCGGUUCCCCUCCUCAGCGCGUGUCGUCCCCUCAGGGCUCCCGGUUCUCGCAGUUGAGCAAAAAAUCGAGAGCCUUGGUUACAACCGACUUAUCCUGCAAAUUGGUAGAGGAACAGUGGUACCUGAACCCUUCAGUACUGAGUCGUUUACUCUGGAUGUUUACAGGUACAAGGAUUCCUUGAAAGAAGACAUUCAGAAAGCAGAUCUUGUUAUUAGUCACGCAGGUGCAGGAAGCUGUUUGGAGACUCUGGAAAAAGGAAAGCCACUCAUAGUGGUUAUAAACGAAAAGUUGAUGAACAAUCAUCAGCUGGAACUGGCAAAGCAGCUACACAAAGAGGGUCAUCUCUUCUAUUGUACCUGCAGGGUCCUGACUUGUCCUGGGCAAGCCAAGUCCAUUGCUUCUGCUCCUGGGAAGUGCCAAGAUUCUGCAGCGCUGACUUCAACUGCCUUCUCAGGCCUAGACUUUGGGCUGCUUUCCGGAUACCUGCAUAAGCAAGCCCUUGUUACUGCUACCCAUCCUACCUGCACCCUGCUUUUUCCCUCUUGCCACACUUUUUUUCCUCUCCCUCUCACCCCUACCCUGUACAAAAUGCAUAAAGGAUGGAAAAACUACUGCAGCCAGAAGUCUUUGAAUGAGGCAUCAAUGGAUGAAUAUUUAGGCAGCUUAGGGCUGUUUCGAAAGCUGACUGCCAAGGAUGCCUCUUGCCUCUUUCGGGCUAUUUCGGAGCAGUUGUUUUGCAGCCAGGUCCAUCAUUUGGAAAUCAGGAAGGCUUGUGUCUCAUAUAUGAGGGAAAAUCAACAAACUUUUGAGUCUUAUGUGGAGGGAUCUUUUGAGAAAUACCUGGAACGGUUGGGAGAUCCUAAGGAAAGUGCUGGCCAGCUGGAAAUAAGAGCUCUUUCUCUAAUUUAUAAUCGGGAUUUCAUUCUUUAUCGCUUUCCUGGAAAACCUCCAACUUAUGUCACAGAUAAUGGCUAUGAAGACAAGAUUCUACUCUGCUAUUCAAGUAGUGGUCACUAUGAUUCUGUGUACUCAAAACAAUUUCAGUCAAGUGCAGCUGUUUGUCAGGCUGUAUUGUACGAAAUUCUCUAUAAAGAUGUGUUUGUUGUGGAUGAAGAAGAGUUGAAGACUGCGAUUAAAUUGUUUCGAAGUGGUUCUAAGAAGAACAGAAAUAAUGCUGUGACUGGAAGUGAGGAUGCCCAUACUGAUUACAAGAGUUCAAAUCAGAAUAGGAUGGAAGAGUGGGGUGCCUGCUACAAUGCUGAAAAUAUACCAGAGGGCUACAAUAAAGGAACAGAAGAAACAAAGUCUCCAGAAAAUCCAUCAAAGAUGCCCUUCCCCUAUAAGGUGCUCAAAGCCCUGGAUCCAGAAAUCUAUCGUAAUGUAGAAUUUGAUGUUUGGUUGGACAGCAGAAAAGAACUUCAAAAAUCUGAUUACAUGGAGUAUGCUGGGAGACAGUACUAUUUGGGAGACAAGUGUCAGGUUUGCUUGGAAUCAGAUGGAAGAUAUUACAAUGCUCAUAUCCAGGAAGUUGGAAAUGAGAACAAUUCAGUAACAGUCUUCAUUGAAGAAUUGGCAGAAAAGCAUGUUGUUCCACUGGCCAACUUAAAACCAGUUACCCAAGUGAUGCCUGUUCCUGCCUGGAAUGCUAUGCCCAGUCGGAAAGGAAGAGGUUACCAGAAAAUGCCUGGGGGAUAUGUCCCGGAAAUAGUUGUAUCAGAGAUGGACAUAAAGCAACAGAAGAAGAUGUUCAAGAAAAUUCGAGGGAAAGAAGUUUACAUGACUAUGGCUUAUGGCAAGGGAGACCCCCUCCUCCCACCCAGGCUGCAGCACAGUAUGCAUUAUGGGCACGAUCCUCCAAUGCACUACUCACAGACAGCUGGCAAUGUUAUGUCUAAUGAACAUUUUCAUCCUCAACAUCCAUCUCCGAGACAAGGUCGGGGAUAUGGGAUGCCCAGGAAUUCAUCUCGGUUUAUAAACAGGCACAACAUGCCGGGCCCUAAAGUUGAUUUUUACCCAGGCCCAGGUAAAAGGUGCUGCCAGAGCUAUGAUAACUUCUCUUACAGAUCUCGUUCAUUUAGACGUAGUCACCGCCAGAUGAGUUGUAUGAAUAAGGAGUCCCAGUAUGGAUUUACCCCAGGGAAUGGACAGAUGCCCAGGGGCUUGGAAGAAACUAUUACUUUUUAUGAAGUUGAAGAAGGGGAUGAGACUGCUUAUCCAACUUUACCUAAUCAUGGAGGUCCCUCUACAAUGGUUCCUGCUACUUCAGGAUACUGUGCUGGAAGGCGGGGACAUAGCUCAGGCAAACAGACUUUGAAUUUAGAGGAGGGCAAUGGCCAGAGUGAAAAUGGAGGAUAUCAUGAAGAAUAUCUUUAUCAUGCAGAGCCAGACUAUGAAACUUCAGGUGUUUAUAGCACAACUGCAUCUACAGCAAACUUGGGGCUUUGGCUAUACUUGAACACAGACUUUGGAAUUGUCCAUGUUAAGUGGGGCUCACCUUUUCACAGUAAGUCUCUUCAGGACAGAAAAUCAUGUUCUAUGUCUCCUCAGGACACAGUUACCUCAUACAACUACCCCCAGAAGGUGAUGGGAAAUAUUGCAGCAGUUGCAGAUUCCUGUGCCAGUAAUGUUCCAGCUCCAGUCUUAUCUAACGGUGCAGCAGCUAAUCAAGCUAUUAGUACCACUUCAGUUUCCUCACAGAAUGCUAUACAGCCUCUAUUUGUAUCUCCACCUACACAUGGCAGGCCAGUGAUUGCCUCACCAUCCUAUCCAUGCCAUUCUGCUAUUCCUCAUGCUGGUGCCUCUCUACCACCACCACCACCACCACCACCACCACCACCACCACCACCACCACCACCACCACCACCACCACCUCCUCCUCCUCCUCCUCCUCCUCCUCCUGCUCUUGAUGUGGGAGAGGCUUCAAACUUACAACCACCACCACCACUACCACCUCCACCUUAUUCCUGUGAUCCAAGCGGCAGUGAUUUGCCUCAAGAUACAAAAGUUUUGCAGUACUAUUUCAAUCUAGGAUUGCAGUGCUAUUACCACAGCUACUGGCACUCCAUGGUCUAUGUGCCACAGAUGCAGCAGCAGCUUCAUGUAGAGAAUUAUCCAGUCUAUACUGAGCCACCUCUGGUGGAUCAAACCGUUCCUCAAUUCUACAGUGAGAUGAGGAGAGAAGAUGGCAUACAGGCGGAAGCAUCAGCAAAUGAUACUUUUCCGAAUGCUGAUUCUUCAUCUGUCCCUCAUGGAGCAGUCUAUUAUCCAGUAAUGUCAGAUCCCUAUGGGCAGCCACCUUUGCCAGGUUUUGACUCCUGCCUUCCGGUUGUGCCAGAUUAUUCCUGUGUUCCCCCCUGGCAUCCAGUUGGUACAGCAUAUGGUGGUGGUUCUCAAAUUCAUGGUGCUAUAAAUCCUGGGCCAAUUGGCUAUAUUGCUCCAUCUCCCCCAGCUUCUCAUGUACCUCAGGGUAUGUGAGAUCCAGCAGUAUGAAGUAUUCUUGCACUGCCAUUUUCUUGCUGUUUUUGUUUUUAAAAAGUAUUUUAUGUUAGUCGUUAAAUGAUUUAGGUGAUUAGUGUUUACUAUUGUAUUUGUCUUUAAAAUUAUUUUAUCUUUUGAUUUAAAAUAGUACUUUAAAAUUAAGGGGUAUUAUUUUGGGCUGUGACUAAGGAAAUUGAGAUGGAUGUACAACUAGCCCCAUAUUGAGCAUACUUCAUUGUAUUCAGCUGUUUUCCUAUCAGCCAUUUGUCAGCUUUAUAUUAGCUGAUGGUAACAAUUGAUAAAAUGAAUAUAAAGUAUUUCGUUGGUUCAGAAAUCACACAUCAUAUUAAACCAUGCAGAAUUGGAAUAACUUCCACUUUUUUCUAGAAAGUAAAACCAAGGGUCUUUGCUUCUGGGUAACUCACUUAAUAUUAAAUUAAAGAGCUCUUCAGGUUUCUUGAGAAUUGUCUGAAGCCAGUUGCAUUCUGUGAUAUCAGUUUUGAAGGCACAUGGUUCUCUGCUUUAGAUUUAUCCCAUACGCUAUUGUUUAAUACUGGAUGUAUGUAAGUGUUUUACUGCACUGUAUUGAUUGGUGUCUUUUGCACAGUUAGCAGUAAAUAAAAAUUAGCAUUUAAAAUUGCCAAAA